UUCAUAAUGUUGGAACUAUACUCUUAAUAUUUUAUUAGUGGAUGAGAGUGAAGCGGAUAAGUGAAAGAGCAAGCUUCAUUUUCUUCAUCUGGUCAUCUUCUUCAAAAGUUCAACAAUGGCGCUGGUCUAUUCGCCAGCUUCGAUAUCAUCCUUCUCUCUCCUCCAUUCAUCUUCCAAUAAACCACCAUUUCCACUUUCUUUCAAUUAUUCUAAGCUCGUUCGUCGCCGCAACGUCCACCGUUCUUCGUCGGCGUUCACAAUUCGUGCCGCUGUAACUUUGAAUUCCGAAAAUGGUGCCGUAGUUUCUGAUUCCGAAAACCCUAACGAACAAGAUUAUGGACGUAAGUUCUUUCCUCUUGCUGCUGUUGUUGGACAGGAUGCUAUCAAAACUGCACUUCUUCUUGGAGCUAUUGACCGCGAAAUAGGAGGGAUAGGCAUUUCAGGGAAGCGAGGGACGGCCAAAACAAUUAUGGCACGUGGAUUACAUGCUAUUCUUCCACCUAUAGAUGUAGUUGUAGGUUCCAUUGCAAAUGCUGAUCCAUCCUGCCCUGAAGAGUGGGAAGAUGGAUUGGCUGAUCAACUUGAAUAUAAUUCCUCUGGCAAUAUCAAGACUAAAGUUGUAAAAUCUCCUUUUAUACAGAUUCCUCUUGGUGUUACAGAAGAUAGACUUAUUGGGUCUGUUGAUGUUGAGGAAUCGGUGAAAACAGGAACCACUGUUUUCCAGCCUGGGCUUCUGGCUGAAGCUCAUAGAGGUGUCUUAUAUGUUGAUGAGAUAAACCUUUUGGAUGAAGGAAUCAGUAAUCUUCUUCUAAAUGUCUUGACCGAGGGUGUAAAUAUUGUUGAAAGAGAAGGAAUCAGUUUCCGUCAUCCAUGCAAGCCCUUAUUAAUUGCCACCUAUAACCCAGAAGAGGGUGCUGUACGUGAGCAUUUGUUGGAUCGUAUAGCAAUUAAUUUGAGUGCAGAUCUUCCUAUGAGUUUUGAAGAUCGUGUGGCAGCUGUUGGAAUCGCAACACAAUUUCAGGAACAAAGCAAUGAAGUGUUUCAAAUGGUUGAGGAGGAAACAGAAUUUGCUAAAACACAGAUCAUUUUGGCACGGGAAUAUUUGAAAGAUGUUACUGUCAGCAAGGAGCAACUAAAAUACUUGGUCAUGGAAGCAAUACGAGGUGGUUGCCAGGGUCACAGAGCUGAGUUGUAUGCUAUGCGUGUUGCCAAAUGCCUGGCUGCUUUAGAAGGACGUGAAAAAGUCAACGUGGAUGACCUAAAGAAAGCUGUUGAGCUGGUUAUUCUUCCUCGCUCAAUCGUUCAGGAAAGACCCCCAGAAAAUCAGAAUCAGCAGCCGCCGCCACCACCACCACCUCCUCAACAAAAUCAGGACUCCGCUGAAGAGCAGAAUGAGGAGGAAGACCAAGAGGAUGAGAAUGAUGAGGAAAAUGAACAGCAAGAGCAAAUACCUGAAGAAUUUAUCUUUGAUGCGGAAGGAGGUUUGGUGGAUGAGAAACUUCUUUUCUUUGCCCAGCAAGCUCAGAGACGUAAAGGGAAGGCUGGGAGAGCCAAGAAUGUCAUAUUUUCAGAGGACCGAGGCCGCUACGUUAAGCCUAUGCUUCCAAAGGGUCCUGUCAAGAGAUUAGCUGUGGAUGCAACUCUGAGAGCUGCUGCUCCAUAUCAAAAACUAAGGAAGGACAAGAAUACACAGAAGGGGAGGAAAGUUUUUGUGGAAAAGAUGGACAUGAGAGCAAAAAGAAUGGCUAGAAAAGCAGGGGCUUUGGUUAUAUUUGUGGUUGAUGCUAGUGGUAGCAUGGCAUUGAACCGUAUGCAGAAUGCAAAGGGUGCAGCACUUAAGUUGUUGGCUGAGAGCUACACUAGCAGAGAUCAGGUCUCUAUCAUUCCAUUUCGAGGGGACGCUGCGGAAAUUCUUCUGCCUCCUUCCAGAUCAAUUUCAAUGGCAAGAAAACGUCUCGAAAGACUUCCAUGUGGUGGAGGUUCUCCUCUAGCUCACGGUCUUACAACGGCUGUGAGGGUUGGACUAAAUGCAGAAAAAAGUGGAGAUGUUGGACGCAUCAUGAUUGUUGCUAUAACUGAUGGUCGGGCAAACAUAUCGUUGAAACGAUCUACAGACCCAGAAGCAGUUCCUGCAGAUGCCCCACGGCCUUCUGCGCAAGAGUUGAAGGAUGAGAUUCUCGAAGUGGCUGGUAAAAUUUACAAAGCAGGAAUGUCACUGCUCGUUAUUGACACAGAAAACAAAUUUGUAUCCACUGGCUUUGCCAAAGAAAUAGCUAGAAUCGCGCAAGGAAAAUACUAUUACUUGCCUAAUGCCUCUGAUGCUGUAAUCUCAGCUACAACUAAAGAAGCCUUAUCCGCCUUGAAAAGCUCAUAACUUGUAGCGUAACUGUAAUAUCUUAUAUCUAUAUUGUGAAGUAUUAUCAACAUAAUUUUAUAAUUUGUAGAUUAGGUUCAACUUUUUUAUUUUAUUACACGUAAAACCUCUCCUACAAUUUCUUUAAUAUAAUUGAAAAAUAAAUAAUGCAUUUAUUACCAA